AUAUAUAUAUAUAUAUAUAUAUAAGGACAGUAUUAGUAAACACUCGUAGAUCAUUUACCCUCACCAUCAUUAUGUUGUAUUCACAGAUAGCAUUAUCAAUUAGCCUUGUAAUAAUCUGGAACAUUCUAUCAACAAAAGGUGAUUGUAUUCCAUUGAAUGGAGUUUGUACAAAAACUAUAUUUGCUCCAUGCUGUAAUAAUACAGUAUGUAAAUUGUCUGGGCCAUUCUCUGGUAAAUGUGUGGAAUGCCUUAAACCAUUUUCAUGGUGUUGGAAUGGUGAUGAAUGUUGUUCAAAACAAUGCAGUUGGUUCAGAUGUUUGAGUACUGUUGAACAAUAAACAAAACAUAAUUUAUUAUCUCUUGUCAUUUUGUUUAUUGUAAUGAUGAUGACUUACUAUCUAAUGAUUUAUUUUAUUUAAUAAAAUUUAUACUUUAACAUU